CUUCACAUCGGUCGUUAACCACUUAACCACGUAGCUCAGUUGCAGUUUGAAAUGCUGCAGGGUGGAGAAAGUAAGGAAGUAUGUUAUGUGGCUCAUAUCUCUUUUGAUGUUGAUGUGCAUAAAGAAAUCCAAAGGUGUGUGGUGCUGAGAUGUGAUGGCAGCUGGUAUGUUGCUGAGUACCAUACUAUAUAAAUAUGCAUGAACUAUUCACACAGGUGUUGAGCAAAAAGGAUUUGUCUAAGGCAGGAGAUCUGUUUUCAGUAGCUGACCAUGCUAUAGUGAAUGAUUUAACAGAAGUUGUAAACACAAUUUCUGAAAUAACUAGUCUUCCUGAUUAUAUCAACAAUGAUAAUGAUCAGAGUGUUGUUGAAAUUUGUAUUACUCGAGUUACAUCUGCUAUCAGGGAGACAGGAUCAAUGGAGCAGCAUGCUGACGCCCUUGUUGCUCUGCUUGAAUCGUGUCUCAACCAUAACUUGAAGCCAUCUCACAAAGAUGAGGACCCCCCACAUGCUAAGAUAUCAUCUGACAUAAUAUCAUGUAUAUUCCUUAACUAUAGUAAGAGGGAUGUGAUGAAGCGUGCAUUACCUGUGGCUGUCAAAUUCCUACAUAAAGGCAAUAGGGAAUUGUCUCGAAACAUGUCAUCAUACUUAUCUUUGGCUGCGAUUGAGAAUGCUGAUCUUCUAGCAAAGCAUAUUCAACUUAUCAUUGAUUCCAUUAUUUCAGGUAACUAUCCUCUCUGCCGUGUACUACCACAAAUCUAUGCAGUAAAUACAGAACCUCUACAUGAACAUGUGAUGGCCCUUGUCUCACUUCUGCCUUUGUGUGAAAAUCCUGAGAAACUGGCACUACUCAACUUAUUUGCUCUCAUUGCAAAAAAUAACCCAUGUCUUCUUGAGCCGAGUUUGCCACAGCUUUGUGAAUACUUGAGCACUGCCUCAACCACUUCAGCAACAAUGCAAGUGUUCCUCAAUAUGGCAGGCAAGCGUCCACAGUUACUUGUUGACCAUCUGUCCAAGAUAAAGCAGGCGGCAGAAUGUCACCCAAAUACUCUCUGCCUUGCUGCCCAAGUAAUUUCUUCAGUUGGUAAACUCAAUAAGGAUCAUGCUCAAGAAGCAUUGAAUUUUGUGCUGGAACAUCUGCCAAAGGCUGACCGUGGAAGUCAAGGGACAUUAUUAAGGGAGGCUACACUACUGUGUAGUAGCUACCCUGUUCUGGUGAAUGAGAAGAUGUUGGCAGAAGUAAAGCAGUGUAGCUACAAGAAUCAGUCAAAUAACAAUACACAGGUAAACCAGAUGUCUGGUGGUGUAACUAUUGUGAAAGUUGGCGGAAGUCGACCAGAUCUGCAGCAGAGCCUGUCAGUGCAGACCCAGCAGCAGCAAGUGGCACCAGGAGUAGGAGCAAAAGAACAGCUGAUUUCAUGUCCCAGGCAGACAAUUCUAGCUCAGCAAGAUGUUGGAGGGUGCUGGUUGAAUCGUCAAGAAGUGAAUCGCUUGGUUAUAAACCGUCCAAGACUUGGGGGUGACAGUCGGAGUACAGGAAGGUUACACACAUCUAUAGGCAACAGGAGCAUGACAAGACUGAACAUUGUUGGUGGUAGUCGUGUGGGCUCUGUUGGUGGCCUCCAUAAAAGCAUGACGCGACUGAGUUCCAGUCAGCAAAUAAACCUGGUUCCAGUGCCCAGUUCCGUGAGUGGACCCACUGUUAUAAGCAAUAACCGUAGUAUCACCACAAUCAAUGGUGGGAGGCAAUACAGUGUGUCAGCAGCUCAGAAGGUUUCAAGUGGAGGAGUUACAGUCACAACAGCAAGUCCCAAUAAAAGCAUAAUAGGUAAUUCAUCUGGCCAACGAGAAGACAGAGACCUGGUUGUUUCCAUCUCUGCAUCUUACCCUCUGCCUAUUCAGAAUAACAGUCCUUUGGUCGUACAAGCAGGAACUAGAGACAUAGCAAGUAAUAUGACAGGAAUUAAUCUUAGUCAGUCUGGCAACAAAAUACACAGCCUCACUUCAUCACAGCCUCAUAUGAUGCCAUCCCGUGUACUUAGUAGUUCUGGUAACAUUGCUCUUAAUCAGCCAGUACUAACUUCAGCAUCAUCUACACAUUCUGCAAGUCAGUCAGUUGCAGUUUCACAUAAUCAGUCAUGUGCUCAGACAGUAACUUCACAGACUUUACCAGCCACAGUUGUGACAUCAAGAAGAGCAAAUACAAGUGUGACCAUCAUCAAUUCUAACCUGCAGAGUAAUGCUGCCAUUGCUGCUGCAUCACAGAGGAUAAGCGUGUUUGAACCAUAUCCCAUGCGAGACACAGUGCAACAUUUCUGUGAAAAACAUUUGGACAAAAUCAAAUCGUAUAUGGAAAAGGUAUCUGUUCGUAUCCCACCUCCUGCAAAAUGUACGAUUGAAGAACGGCGUGCAAAGAAGUUAGCCAAACUCCAUUUUGCUUGUCAGGGUCGUGGAGAGCACUGUCUCUACAACCGUACAUUCUUCACAAUGAAGACAAGGAACCCUCGCAUAUGGAUUCACCUGAUGUUCUUGGCAUUGCAGGCACGGUCUGAGUCUGCACUGAGCUCAAGAGAUUCUUCUGUAAGCAGUUUAAAGAAUUGCUGGGAUAUACUAAAAUGUGAAAACAAAACAUUCCUGACUCUCGUCACAUCAGCAUUUCCAUGUGCUAAGGACCAAGAGUCUCUGCUGAAUGAGCUACGUCACAGCGGUUUCUUUGAUGUCUUUGAAGCAACUGGGACCCCAGGGCCAAGUGGAGGAGCUCAGUGGGGCUGUUUCCUGUGUAACCAUCCUGAAAGAGCUGUGGGGUUCUUACAGGAUAGUCAGCCUGUUAUUGAAGGACAACUAAAGGAGAAGAAGGGGCGCUGGAAGAUCUUCAAACGUUGGAGAACAAGAUACUUCACAUUGUCGGGAGCACAUCUAUCAUAUAAGGGUUCUAAAGAUGACAAAGACAUGACUCCAAUUGAGGUGAAUCAGAUCCGCAGUGUGAAGGUGAGCCGAGGUGCCAGGAACAUUCCUAAGGCAUUUGAGAUCUUCACAGGGGACCAGUCACUUAUCCUUAAACCGAAAGAUGGGAAGAACGCUGAGGAGUGGGUCCAAUGUUUGUCCAUAGUAGUGGCACAUUCACAUUCCAGAGAGAUCCCAGCCAAAAGCAACUCUCUUCCAGCCAGAGGAGCAAGUCUUAGAACUGCAGUAUGAAACUAAGUUAAAGAUUUAGUGGGUCAUGUACCAAGAUCGGAACAUAAUCCUGUUGUCUCAUAAGAUCAGGCAGACCUAUGUUAUAACAUAAUUGAAUGAAACUCCAAUUUAAGAUUAUUUUUUGGAGGGAACAGUGGAUUUAAUACAGUAAAGAGCAGAUACCACUGUAUUGCAGACAUGCUGCGAUGGGCAUUUUUAAUUGUGAAGCUGGCUUGGAGAGAAAAAAGGCAUACAAAAUUUUAGGCAGAAAAUCUGAAUGGAA